GUACGGACAUACCAACAGGGGGCAGCUAUCAAGUCUUGUUGGAGCAGUGAUCAGGCAAGCACCAGGGAGAAGCUAACAUCAGCGAUCAAGAGCCGUUUUUGAGCACCACACAACGCACCGUCCAAGCUACGGACAAACACGAUGGCACAACGACAGGGCCUGAAGGUCUCCCAAUUCUUCGUGGCUCAUGCAAGUAGGUUUGACGACAACUGAGGGGCAGGUGAACGUGUGGCGAUACGUUGAGAAAGCCGAUGCCAGCACGGCGGGCAAGGGAUAGCGAGUACUAGAGCUAGGACACCCGACAAUACCGGGCAGAAGACAUCAAGCCUCGGCAGUUGGCACGGCCAAGAAUUCUCGUGUAAGGCCUUGGGUGUCGGUCUCUGACGGUGGCAUGUAGGAGAUUGAUGCGGGUUGGUCACAACCAAACGGCGGAACUCGAUACACCCGCUUGUCUCGUGAUUUCCAGGCAUUGUAGGUUUUGCCUGCAUUGCUUACCGACAAACACGAGCAACUACGAUGCACUUGGAGUGUGCACAGUGUUGAGGUUGAAUAUUUUGAUUAUGCCAUCAUCUAGUCAAUGCUUGGAUGGAGCAGCUGUGCUUGGUGUAAAUGCCGAGCGUGCGUCCUGUCGUUCUUGUCUUGUUCUAUCCGCAAUGCACAUGUAUUGCGCUAUGACGUAGGGAGCUGAGAGUCUGCCUCUGUACGUGUUCCACGUUUCCUGGGAAUCCACAGCAGUAAUGGAACUCUUGAACAUGCUUUCCUUAAUUAAAUGUGUGUGCCAGUGCCGCAAAGAUUCUCCCUGUGGACAAACGUACUGGCAUUUUGCUCCUUAGCAGAGAUUGAUUUUGUUUUACUGUACUGUAGCCCACUGCAGUUGUGUGGAGGGAGGAUUUGGCGUGUAAUCCCAGAACGCGUAAUCCCGUGAUAGUCGAGAGGCUUGCGUGUUUCAUAUUUUGCGUUUUGCAGUGCCACGUUGACGGGUGUCAAGGGGAGAUCGGACUACAGCAGUGUACGCCAUAGGUCCUUCCUCGAUCGUUUGCUGUCGGCAUCAGGAGGAAUGGGAUUACACCAGCGGUGCUGAUGGCAGUGGUGGGACUUUUGGAUGCUUUUCACGCGUGCGCCAAAGCCCCAUACCGGUGAACCUUUUAUGUGUACGGACGUGUAGGCGUCUUGGUCGUCAGUGGCACGUGGUUGCUUUUGUGGUGUGAUGUAUACUAGUAUGAUGGGGGGAGGAAUUAGCAUGUUUUUGGAAAGCCUGUUGCGCCGUUAUAUCCUUAUUAUUGUCGGGUGUCGAUUGGCAUUAUCCAGGGAGCAUGUAAAUUACCCUCGCUCGAUCCAUGGUCACUUACUGGCAUUGAGCGUAAUCUCUGCUCCCACUGAGCAGGUCCGCCGCGAUAAGCAGCAGUUACGUGUUUUAUUCUGCAUCUAUGUU